AGAAUCAAUUGACCAAACACGUAUUUAUCCAACAUCAAAAUGUGUUGUUGCUGAUAUAAAUCCAAAUAUGCUUGCUGUUGGUAAACAACGUGCUAUUGAUAAUAAAUUUCAUGAUCGUAUACAAUGGAUAGAAGCUAAUGCUGAAGAAUUACCAUUUCAUGAUGAACAAUUUGAUAUGUAUACAAUAGCAUUUGGUAUAAGAAAUUGUACACAUAUUGAUCGUGUUGUAUCAGAAGCAUAUAGAAUAUUAAAAAAAGGUGGAAGAUUUCUUUGUUUAGAAUUUAGUCAAGUUAAUAAUACAUUAUUACGUUAUUUUUAUGAUCAAUAUUCAAAAACUUUUAUACCACCAAUGGGACAAAUAAUAGCAAAUGAUUGGAAAUCAUAUCAAUAUUUAAUUGAAUCUAUACGUGUUUUUCCUAAACAAAAUGAAUUUGUUGAACUUAUAAGUUCAUGUAAAUUUCGUUAUGUUAAUUAUGAAAAUUUAUCGUUUGGUAUUGCAGCUAUUCAUUCAGGAUAUAAACUUUAG